AUGACUCAAACGGGUUAUGGCGCGGGCGUGGAAUCAGUCAUUCUUUCUUGGGUUUUUAUGACCUUAUCUAUUUGUUGGGUUCUUUCUAUCUUAUUUUUUGACCACUUGUGGGUACCUUUAGUUCUUCAAGCAAUAGCAUUUCCUUUUAUUCUAGCACUGCUUGCCUUAGCAUUUCGUACUUCUGAAAAAGGAAAUCCUCUUCUUCAAUAUCCUCGUGCAAAAGUUAUUGGUUAUGAUAAUUUGGAUGAAAAAUAUGCCGAGGCUUGUGAUUUGAAUGUAAUGUAUAUCGAUUACAAGAAUAUUACCAAAGUUAUCGAAGUAGGAAAAAAUAUAUAUGUGGAUGAUGGUGUUCUUUCGUUUAAAGUAUUAGAGGUUCAUGAUGAUUUUGUCAAAGUUCGUGCCAUCAAUAAUGGAAAACUUUGUAGCAAAAAGGGUGUAAAUUUACCUGAUACAGAUGUGGAUCUACCAGCUGUAUCUGAAAAAGACAAAAAUGAUUUGUUAUUUGGUGCAAAAAAUGAAGUAGAUAUGGUUUUCGCUUCUUUUAUUCGUCAAGCUCAAGAUAUUAAAGAUAUUCGACAAAUUCUUGGUGGAGAUGGAUGUGGAAUCAAAAUUAUUGCAAAGAUCGAAAAUCAACAAGGUGUUAAUAAUUUUGAUGAAAUCUUAAAGGAAGCUGAUGGUAUUAUGGUUGCUCGUGGUGAUCUUGGUAUCGAGAUUCCAGCGUCUCAAGUUUUUGUUGCACAAAAAAUGAUGAUUGCUAAAUGCAAUCUUGCCGAAGUUAGUGACGUUGCAAAUGCUGUAUUGGAUGGUGCAGAUUGUGUUAUGUUAUCUGGUGAAACUGCGAAAGGAUCUUAUCCUAUCGAAGCCGCUGAAUCAGCUAUUUGUUAUCCACCUCUCUUUCAUCAGCUGCGUGUCCUUACUCCUUUACCAUUGGAAACGGCUGAAGCUGUUGCUUGUGCUGCAGUUACCGCCGCAAAUGAGACACAUGCAGUCAAUGAAACACGUUGGCAGGAAGAUGUUGAAAAUAGAAUUCAAUGGGGAAUGAGUCUUGCUGUUACGCAUAAGUAUGUAGCUCCUUGCUUUAAUGUUACUUUGAAUUAA